CUGCGUCCUACGCUCGCCCCAUCAACGAAUGAAAGCCUCACCGUCUUUCAAUCCCUAAUGAAGCAGAGAUUUCAUGAGGUGCAAUCAUGUUGAAGAUGAUAAUGAUGGUGUUUUCUGACAACACUGUCGCUCUAUCGGCGGUGUUGCGCAUGGAGACGCCCAGCCCCGCGUCUACCAGGCAACUGCGACUACGUACACGGUUUUGACCCUUCUUCUGAUGGCGAGAGCGUCUCCAUUCUCCUUCAAUUCACAUACAUAAACACUCAAGAGUAUCUUCAAGUUUCGGAUAGUGCCUUCAAGAUGGACCCCCAUGUGCUCUCCUCUGGCAAGAUCUGGGUGCCCCUAGAGAACAACCCCGAUGUAAUGACCAAGCUUGCACACAAGCUCGGCCUCUCUCCUAACCUUGGAUUCCAAGACGUCUACUCCCUCACCGAGCCCGACCUCCUCGCCCUCAUCCCCCGCCCCUGCCAUGCCGUGCUCUUCCUCUGGCCCUCGUCCGACAUAUCAGACGCCGAAUUUAAGAGGGAAGAGGCAGCUAUGCCGGCGUAUGAGGGGUCUGGCCCCGACGAGCCGAUCGUGUGGUUCCCGCAGACGAUCGGCCACGCGUGCGGGCUCAUCGGCUUGCUGCAUUGUCUGACGAAUGGGGAGGCGGCGAUGAAUAUUGUACAGGGCAGUUUUGUGGACAAACUGAUGGAGGAAGCAGUCCCGCUUAAGUCGAAGGAGAGGGCAGAUCUGUUGUACAACUCAGAGGAAUUGGAGCGGCUGCACAAGGAGGCGGCGCAGACGGGGGAUUCGCGGCCGCCAACCAUCGAGGAAGACGUGCUGUAUGGCUUCACGGCCUUUGUGAAGGGCAAGGAUGGACACUUGUGGGAGAUGGAAGGCUGGAGGAAGGGGCCGGUGGAUAGAGGAUUGUUGGCUGAAGAAGAGGAUGUGCUGUCAACAAAAGCAUUAGAGUUGGGUCCAUUAAGGAUUAUCAACAGGGAGAAGGCAUCGGAGGGACGGUUCAGCGUUAUUGCGCUGUCUACCAACGAUGACUGAUUCGUAGAGAUGUCAUUCCAUAGGACGAGAUAACGUGUCUGAAAGAAUGCAUUAGGCUACCUCAAAUUAAUGUCAAGAAUAUCUUCCAGAAUUCACCGCAGACAAGGUGAGGAAUGCGGGAGUCCUGGAGCGACAUAAAGUCCUUAUUUCUUUCA